CUUCUCUUUCUUUUGUUUUUUCUUCUUCUAAACACAAUUCAUUCAUUCAUUAAAUCAAUUGAAAAUAUAGAAAAAAAUAAAUAUGUAUUUUUAUUCAAUCAAUAAAUGAUAUAAUCAAUAAUGACAAGUGAAAAUAAUCAAUUAUCUAAACCAAAUUCAUUAUCAAAUAUUGAUUAUUCACAUGAUCAUUUAUCACAAAAAUCAAUAUCGGACAAUGAAACUAUUUCAUUGGAUUAUAAUAAUACAUAUGAUAAUAAAACUUUAUCAUCAUCUCAAAUGAAUCAAAUACAUAAAAAUAUAUUAGAUCAAUGUCAAUUAUCAUCGAAACAAUUUCUUAAUAUUCAUUCAAAUGAUGAUAUAUCAUUAUCUAAAUUAGAUAAAAUGACUAAAUCAUCUAUUACAAAAUUAAAUAAAUUCUAUGAUCAUACACAAAAUGAAUCACAUAAGUCUUCAUUAAAUAAUAAUAAUGCAUCACGUCAUUGGAAAAAAUUACAAUGUACAAUGAAAGUUGUACUAAGUUCAAUGGAUCAUGUAAAAUUUAAACGUAAAUUAUAUAAUAAUAAUGAUACAUCUAGAAGAGAUUCAUUUAUGUAUCGUUUCUCUACACAAAGACGUGGAACAUAUAGUAAUGAUGAAUAUUAUUCUGAUACAAAUUAUGAUCAUUCAUUUAUAGAUCAAUUAUAUUCACAACAAAAAUUAGAUCAUUAUGAUUGUAUUCCAGAAAUUGAUAAUAAUGAUAAUGAUAAUAAUGUUAAUAAUGAAAGAAAAUCAUCAUGUUAUCAAGUUGAUUCAAAUGAACAAAUAACUAACAAUAAUGAUAAUAAUAAUAAUAAUAAUUCAGAAAGCUUGACAACAACAAUUAUUCCAGAAAAAGAAUUAUUAUUGGAAAAUCAAUUAAAUUCAAUACCAAAAGAUGAAAUGUUCUACUUAGAUACACCAACUCCAACAAACAAUAAUAAUAAUAAUACUACUACUACUACUACUAUUACUACUACUAAUAAUAAUGAUAAUAGUAAUACUAAUGAUUAUUCCUUUAAAAAGAAAUUAAGUAAUGAAAUAAAUAAAAAUGAUAAAUAUUUUGAAUUAGAUAAAGAAUCUGGAAAAAAUAAAAAAAUUUUUAAAAAUUAUAAAAAAUCUCAUUUAUUCAUUGUAUUUUAUCCAAAUAAUACUGGUUAUAUAAUAUGGUUAACAAUUGUAUCUUUAGCAUUAUUAUAUAAUUUAUGGACUCCAAUAGCACGUCAAGCAUUUGAUGAAUUACAAUCCAAAUAUCAAAUUAUUUGGUUAUCAUUUGAUAUUCUAGCUGAUCUUAUAUAUUUAAUUGAUAUAUUUGUACAAUGUAAUACAAGUUAUUUAAAAUGUGGUCUUAAAGUAAAAGAUCAUCAAAAAUUAAUUAUGCGUUAUAUGAAAUCUUAUAAAUUUCUAUUAGAUUUAUUAUCAUUAUUUCCAUUAGAUUUAAUACAAUUUAAAAUUGGGAUACAACCAAUGUUACGUUUUCCAAGAUUUUUCAAAUGGUAUCGUUUUCAUGAAUGGAAAAUACGUGUGGAAAAUAGAACUAUAUUUCCUAAUUUAUGGAGAGUAUUAAAUUUAAUUCAUAUAUUAUUCUUAGGUUGUCAUUGGUUUGCUGCAUUUUAUUAUUUAAUAUCAAAAUAUGAAGGAUUUAAAAAUCCAUGGGGUUAUCAACCAUAUACUGAUGCAGAACAAGUAACAAUGUCAAGAAGAUAUUUAAAAUCAUUUUAUUGGGCUACAUUAACUUUAACAACAAUUGGGGAUUUAAGUUCACCUUCUAGUAGUAUAGAGUAAGUAAAACUUUUUAAAAAACAAAACAUUUUUUUUCUCCGUUUAAAUUAUGGUUACUUUAAUCACAAUAUACAAUGAAGGGGAAAUUAGGUAAAUAUAAGAUCAUAUCAACUAUAUUGAACAUUACAAAAUUUCACCUUUAUUGACAUCAUUUUUGUUUGUUUUCUUAACGGUGAUUGGAUGAACAGUUUCACUAGAGUGUAAUAUUCAUUUGAAACAUCUUAUACAAAUCAGUUUGGGAUAAACUCCACAUUCUCAAGUCAUCUAAGUGUAUCGUAAUUAGUAAUUACAGGUGUGUUUUCAUCUAUUUAGUCAGCUAAUUAUAGAUAUUUUGGAAUAAUAAUUAUCAUUAUAGAAUUAAUUAAAAGUAUGACAUGUGCUAUAUUGUAAUUUUUCUUCCAUCAUAACUUGAAUGUUCCACACUUGACAAGUUUCAUAGCAUGAUGGAGUGGUAGUUUUUUCGUAGGCAACUUUACAUUGUUCAUAUAAGCCAGCACAAAGGACAGAGAAUGAAACAUCUCUAUCAUAAAAUAUGACUGCAUAAAUAAUAAGUCCCCCUUCAUUUUGGUUAGUUGCCAGGUGCAAGGUCAAUGGAGUUUAUCUCCACUCCUUAAAAUCAAAUUUCAGUUUUAAAAUGAAGGGAAUUGUUUCGAUUGAGAAUAUGACAAUACUGAGUAAAGGAUUAAUAAAUGAGCAAUUUAUUAUUAAUUUAUUUUUAGUUAGUACUAUUUACUUGUUUUAACAAUCUAAAAUAAUAAUUUUUUGGCAACAUACUACCACUACUAUUAUCACUACAAACUAUCAACAUUGUAAAUGAUAACAGUUUGUGUGAUGUGAAAUCAUUAACACAAUUUUUAUAGUUUUAUAAUGAAAUAAAACUCAACUGAAUUGUGACUCAUAAACGUGACUUCUUGCAAACAUAUCGAUUGAGUUACUUUUAAAAAAAAGAGUAUUUUAAUAUGUACUUUGUAAUUUUACAGCGGUAAACAUUUUAUGGAAUGACGCUUAUAAGAAAAAAAAUCAAUAAAAUGUGCAGUGCUCGAGAAAGUAUGGUGUAAUAUAUGAAAACAUUAUACAUAUAUGCAGCAAUUUGGAAGACUCUCGCGGUCUCCCACAUUGUACGAGUAUUCCAUGUACCUAAAUAAAUGAUUGCUCUGAUUGUCAGAAGGGGCAUCGACCUCGUAACUUCUGAAGGAAUUCGUCUUUCAUCAUGAGGCGCCAUAGUUUUUCUAAAUGAAGGCCUUCUGAUUCCCAGGGCAGAGUUUAAAUGGUUUGAAUAGUUUUUUCUGGUUAGCGUUUUUUUAGUGAGUUAGUUUUCUACGGGAUGGGGUCGCUAACCCGAUGCCCAACCCUCCUCCUUUAUCUGGGCUUGGGACCGGCAGUAGCUCCCGGAGGGACUCCUGGCGGGGUUAUCAUACAUAUAUAAUAUGUAAUUAUUAGCUAGAUAUUAAUGUUGGGCAAUGAUUAUUAAUGAUUUAACUCAUUUCAAUUAUUCAUAGAUUGUUUUACAAUAAAGACUACGAAAUAUAUAUAAUAAAAAUGGUUACAAAUUCUGUUUAUUUUUGUUGUUAGCAUAAGUAAAUUCAGUAGUUUAGGUCAGUUCUUCUUUGUAAAGCUCCUGUAUUGAAUCUUAGAAAAGAUUAAUGAAAGUUGAAAAUGUUUUGAAAUGUUUUAAGACAUUGAAUACUGGUCUAAGCUAUACUAGUAGAUACAAACUAUUUGGUUGAAGUUUGUGCUGCAACCAUAAUUUGUUGUUAAAGCCUUUGGGUGACAUGGUUUAUGAAAAGAAAUGUGCUCACUCUUUGUCAUUUUUCUGAUCUUGAAUUCCAGUAUUAUUUCAUACAUAACGUUUAUUUUGUUUUGUUGUAGUGUAUCGUCAGCGUUCAAUGUUUCCUAAUGUCACAUUCGAUAACUUUUGUAGCAUAUUAGUUGUAUUAUAGAGAUAUGACAAGUUUGGUUAAAAUUACUUUUAUGACAGGUUCAAUGUUUAUUAUGACUAGAUAAAUGAGAUAACCUCAGGGGCAAUCAACGGAAAAAUAAGACUAGUAGGAAUUUUUCUACUUGAACUUCUACUCGAAUUUAUUUGAAAUCACCAACUAAAUGUGAUUAGAGUUGAAUGAUGAGGUUGAAACUUAGGUCUAUGAUAGGAUAAAUGGAAUGUUUUGUCCUAUCUGGGACUCCUUAAUUACAUGUUCCAUCAUAACAAAGUAGACUUUCACUCCAGGACUCUAACCCGAAACAGUUCUUCUUAAGCGCCAUCACGUUAUUCACUUAGUUACCGUGUUAAACUAGCUGCCUACUUUUAUGACAAGUGCAUGAAAAGCAAGCUGACGGGUUUAAAAUUGGACGAAACACACGUAUCGCAUCCCAUUUCAAGCUACAUUCCAUCUAUUAUGUAUUAAAUUACUUCACUAUAUCGAAGCAGUCCACAUGUGAUGCCUAUAAUCCAACCAAGACUGAUCAAAUUUCAGUCCAAAAAUAUCAGCAACGGAACAAUCCAAUGCAUUUCAAAUCGAUUUAGAUCUAUGACAUUUUUCAGUGAUUUUACAUAAGUACUAUUUUCCAAUCAUAGAAUACUCGAGACAAGCCAUUUUUAAAGUUAUUGAUAUUUCAUAGACUACCUUCCAUAAACUAUAGAAUGUUAUUUGUAAGUGUUUGUAUUUUUCCAUUAUUGAUGUUAAGGAUUUAGUGUUCAUUUCCUAUUAGCAUAAAUAGUCAGCCUGAGCAAUUUACUAUGAUACUACCAUUUAGUCACAAGCUUUUUAAAAAGGUAGAUCGCAGCUAACUACGGAACUCAGGACGUUGGAUUAGUCCUAUUUGGGACUUUUCGGAUGGAUAUAUCUUAAUCCCAACGUUUAAGUUCACUUUAGAGCUUGGAAUUAGUACAUAUCACUUUAGACACGAAAACAUUAUUCACCAACUUACUGAGUUCCGAUAGUCAAUGUGACAAAAAUCCAAAAGUCACUUUCUUGGUGCUGCUGCUGCCUCUUGUUACAUGCUGAUCAUAUAUUUUGUAUAAGGUAGAGAAUAUUAACUGUAAUUGAUAAAAUUAGACGUGAAUUUUUAUAUUUGUUUCAUUACUUGAUAAGUAGUUAACAAUUGUCAACUUUCCACACACCUCUUAUUAACUGUUAUUCUCAUUAUUCGUUUUUUAACUAACCCUUCUAUGAAGCUCCAUGUUUGCCAUAAUCGGAAACCAGUUUCAGUGAUUAAUGUUUACAAAAUUUUAUCCAAUUAUUCUCUAAAAAUCCACUUAAAACUACUUAUCGAAGAGUUCAUCUCUGGAAAACUUAGACUGAAUAGCAAGAUUUAAUAAUGUAUGGCAGAACGAUACUUCUUCAUAAUAUCUAGAGACCCGUUAACAACUCAUGAUAGUCUGGGAGAUGUAGAUAUAACAAUGAUAACAAAGUAAAAUAGAUAAUUUAGAUGAGAUUUCAGUCAAUAAUAAUCUGUGAGAUGUCAUAAAGAGUUAAAAUAUAGCGAUAGUUGAGGAGAAGUAGGAAGUUUCAAUCACUUUUGUGAGCUUUUAAUAAAUAAAUAGAUGUUGACCAUCAAACUCUACACAAAAUAGAGAUUGAAGAAAAGUAAAAAAAGAUUGAAACAGUGAUAAAUAAAACUAGAUAACUUUUUACAAUACUUGAUGGAACCAGAGUUAAAGUCAACUAUUAACGUACCUUUCAAGUGAAAAGCAGAAAAUUGAUUCAUUCUUAAACUAACGACUGAAACGAUGAGAGAAAUAUUUUGAGAAACAGUCUAUCUUCUCUACAGAUAGUCUCUAAAGUCUUUAUAGUGACCAGUAAGCUAAAUGACAGAUUAAUAUUUGAACUUUUAAGUAUUUGUUAAGUAAAGAAAAGCAUGAAUAACUUGAUGGAUAAAAAACAGUGGCAGACUUUGAUGGACUUAUUUAAAUAUCUUAAGAAAUUAUAGUUUUGUUAUUUUAAAAAGACUGAGUCUAGGAAAUAAACUUAUCUCUUUUUGACUGUUCUCAGCUUUCCAUUAACACAGUUGAUAAGAAAUAAUAAUGAGUUUCUUGUGAUAAUAAUAGUUGCUAACAGCUUAUUUGUAAAAAAGAACAGAAAUGAUCAAGAAGUAUGGCAUAUUUACAGAAUACUAUCCAUUUAUAUAAUAAGGAGUGUCCAUUUUUGUCAGUUGUUUUAUCUUUCCAAUUUAGGUAUUGUAUAUCAUACGGUACUAAACAUUAUUCAAUUAACACUAAUGACAUAAUAUCUGUAUAACUGAUCGGUUAUUUUGAAGAUAAUUAAAUAUGGUUAAAGAAUGGGAUUUAUUAUAAAAGCUGUAAUUCAAUAAAUUAUCAUUUGACAUUUGAUAUGAGAAACGUUUUACUUUGUGAAGGAAAGUUAAAAGUCAUAGAAUUAC